AUCACGGAGAAGCAGACGGAGGUGGAGACGGCACUGUCGGAGACAUCGGGCUGGUGCGUGUCCCAGCUCGAUCCCCGUGUCCUGGAGGUCUACAGAGGCGUCAGAGAGGUGCUGUCCAAAUACAGGAGCGGGAAACUCCCCAAGGCGUUUAAAAUCAUCCCUGCCUUGUCCAACUGGGAGCAGAUCCUCUACAUCACAGAGCCAGAGACAUGGACAGCAGCUGCCAUGUACCAGGCCACCAGGAUAUUUUCAUCCAACCUGAAAGAGAGGAUGGCCCAGCGGUUCUACAACCUGGUGCUGCUGCCGCGGGUCAGGGAUGACAUCGCCGAGUACAAGCGCCUCAACUUUCACCUCUACAUGGCUUUGCAGAAGGCUCUGUUCAAGCCAGCAGCCUGGUUCAAAGGGAUCCUCAUCCCCCUGUGCGAGUCGGGGACCUGCACGCUGCGGGAGGCCAUCAUCAUCGGCAGCAUCCUCACCAAGUGCUCCAUCCCCGUCCUCCACUCCAGCGCAGCCAUGCUGAAGAUCGCCGAGAUGCAGUACAGCGGCGCCAACAGCAUCUUCCUCCGGCUGCUCAUCGACAAGAAGUACGCCCUGCCCUUCCGUGUGGUGGAUGCCCUCGUUUUCCACUUCUUGGCCUUCCGCACAGACCAGCGGGUCCUGCCUGUGCUGUGGCACCAGAGCUUCCUGGCCUUUGCCCAGCGCUACAAGGAGGACCUCUCCUCGGAGCAGAAGGAAGCUUUGCUUGAGCUGCUCAAGUUCCACAGCCAUCCACAGAUCUCACCGGAGAUCCGGAGGGAGCUGGUGAACUCCAAGACGCGGGACGUGGAGGGGCAGCAGCCCGUGGCCAUGGAGUGAGCAGGGAGAGGCAGGGAAAAGCUGCAGCCCGCCCUGCUCCCGGGACGUUGCUGGAUGCAGGCUGGGAGCCUGGUGCGUGAGCAACCCGCUGCUUGUCACAGGGCAGGGCAGCCCCUGUCCCACCCAGGGACCCGGUGCCACCAGCACGCAGGAGGUUUGGCCUGUUCCUGUAUUGGAAAAUAAAACCCGAGCCGCGUCCGUCAGUCGGGUUGUUCUGCCCCG